AUGCACAGAAUCUAUGAUCCCCUCCGCAGCCGAACCGCUCCAAAAGUCAUGUCGAGUCUUCCGAAGUUAUGGAGCAAGCUGUUCAAGAGUCGCAUCGUAAUCUCACUGAGUGCCCACGCUCAGAUAUAUUCCUACACUGGAGCCUUCGUUCUCUUCAUUCUAUUCGCAGAUGCUGUCCGUGAAGUCAACAAAUACUCACACGUUGAACUUGCUAUGGACAAUUCUGUACGUCAUGCUGCAGAUGCCGAUGCUAUCAUUCAUAUGAGAUUGUUCCGCGCACAACGAAACUUUUACAUCUCUGGAUUUGCUCUUCUACUUUUCCUCGUAAUCAAGCGUAUCAUGGGGCUACUCAGUCGAAGUGCGCAGUUGGAAGCUGCUAGUGAAGCAGCCAUGCGUCAAGCUGAAAGUGCUUCCAAAGCAGCAAAGACCCUCAUGAAUGCAGGUGGCGACGAGGAGAUCGCUGACCUCAACCGCAAGAUAGAGGAGCUAGGCAGUGAGCUAAAGAAGACGCAGAUUGAUCGUGACACUUUGCGCAAACAGGCAGAAUCUCUUCAAAAUGAGUACGAUCGUGUUUCGGAUCUACUUGUAAAAUACGAGAGUAAUCCAUAG